GAGGUAAAAAAGAAGAAGUAUCAAUAUUGUUUCAAAGGUCUUUCAAUCCUCUGUUUAAAAAUGUAUUUUUUUUAUUUUAUUUAUAUAUAGAUAAUAAUUUAAAUGAGCUUAAUAUAUUAAUAAAUAAAGGAUGAUGAAGAUUUUUAAGCACUUAGAGUGAGAAAAGAAAGUAGUAUUCAUUCAGAAAAUAUGAAAGAAUCAGAAGAUGAAGAAAAUACAUAAAAAAAAAACAAUAAGGAUGAAGAAACUAAUAAAGAGAGGAGUUUACAUAUAAAUAUUUAAAAAAAUUAACAAACUUCUACUUUUAUUAAUGAUUUAACAGAAGGUAAAAUGACAAAAUAUUCUCCUAUGCUAUCUCCACAGAAGGAUAAUCCAAACCUUGGCUUUGAUGGAGAAAUUCAUAGUAUUUAUUAGGGAUCAGGUUUUUUGAAAGGCUAUAAAAAAAACCCAAAAAAGCUAAUGAAGGCUAUAAAUUUAUUAGUUAAUGUAAAGAGUUUUUACAAUCAACUGACAAAGAACACUAGAAUAUUUUAAAAGCUAACUUAAGAGCAAUAUAUUUUGAUUGGAGAUAAUGCUUCGUUUUAUACUAAUAGAAGAGUACAGAAAUUUAGCAACAAGAAAAUUUCUCACUAUUUAUAACUUUUUUAAUAAGGCAUUCAUGAGACUUUAAGAUUUUUUUAAAUGAUUCCAAUUAUCUAGCCUCACACAGCAAUUAAAACAUUAUGGGAUUUUUUUUAGGGAGUGGUUGCUUUGAUUUUUUUUGGAUUUGAUAUGUUAAUUUAAUUCAACACAGGAAUAGUAAUUAAAGGCUAAGUAGAAUAAUCAAGGGUUUAAAUAGCCAAAUAAUAUUUAAGAGAAAAUUUUAUUAUGGAUGUUAUAGGAAUUACUCCUAUAUUUUUGCUAAAUUCCUCUCAUCUUAACGAAGCCUUAACGCAAUCAAGCUCUAUUAUAUAAAAUAUAUUAUAUGCUUGUGUGAUUUUUAAAUGUUUUAUGCUACUUAGCAUAUAUGAAAGAAUAGAAUAGAAAUUUGGGUAUUAAAAAAACUUAGAAAAUUUUUUUGAUUUGAUAAAGCUGCUAUUUAAGAUAGGAUCAAUAUGCCAUUUUUUUUCUUUACUUUGGUUUGCCUUAGGUUAAUAUGAGAUACAUAUUCUUGGAAAAUCCAAUACUUGGAUUUAGUACAAAAGCAUAUAAGAUGCUGGCAUAUUUACCUAAUAUAUUUAUUCAUUUUAUUAUAUUACAACAACAAUGAUUACAGUUGGAUAUGGUGAUAUAACUCCUUAGAAUGAAAUCGAAAUUACUUUCUCUGUAUUGAUUAUGUACCUCACAAGUGUAGUGUAUGCUUAUUCAUUAAAUUGUAUCGGUAAUAUUCUCUAUAACAUCAAUGAAUCUCACAAGGAUUUCAGGAGUGAUAUGAGAACAAUACACUAACUCAUGGAAGAAUAAAAUGUUAAAUAAAGUGUAAGAGUUAAAAUCAGUAACUAUGUCGAAUAUUUAUGCAAGGAAUCAAACCAUUAAAAAAAGGCGAAAUAAGAUUAAAUUUUAUCAAAGCUAUCUCAUCAAUUACGUUCUGAACUUAUGAAUGAAAUUAAAGGAAAAUUUAUAUCAGAAAUUCCUUUAUUUAAGGAUAUUAUUUAGCAACAGACUAUUGCAAAAAUUAUAGAGAAUAUGGAAGAGUGCCUUUUUUCUCCUGGUGAAGUAAUCUUUUAGCACCACGAUUAAGAUGACUGCGCUAUUUAUUAUCUUUUAAAAGGAUAAGUUAAGAUUUCUUUAGAAGAUUAAGUUCAUAGAACUGUUAAAUUAAUAGAACGAAAAGGCUGUUUUGGAGAAUUAUCAUUUAUUACUGGUAAUGAAAGAAUUGGUACAGCUACAGCAAAUGAUUUUUGCAGAAGUUAUAAAAUUAAAAGAGAGAACUUUCUUGAUAUAAUUAAAUAGAAUUCACAAGAUUUUGAAAACUUUAAAAUGCUUUAUGAAUCGGUUUGCUUAAAAGGAAAUUUAAAAUUUGCAAAGCUGUACUGCUAUUCCUGUAAAAGAGGUGAUCACACAGCUUAGAUGUGUCCAAAGACACACUUAAUAUUUUCAAAAUAAAUACUCAUACAAAAAUACAAUAAAUCUGAACCUAUAACAAAAAGAACUAACCACAGUAGGAGAAAAAUUAGAUAUAAUUCUAAAAAUCUAUAUUAGUAAGUAUAAGAGGCGUUAGUAAACAUUCACUUAGUACCAGAGUAUGAAGAAAUUAUUUAAAUAAUAGAAAAAAUAGCACAUUUGAAUGAUACUUUUCUUGAGUUAUAUUAUUCUGAAGAGGAAUUAUCAAAUUGCGAUGCUGUUUCUAAUAACUUUAACAUGAGUUUGAAAGAGAUAUAGCAAGCUAGCCAUAGAGAAAAACUUUCAAAUUUUUAGAAUGAAGCCUAUGAUUAAUCAUAAAGUAGAGAACUGAUUGAUAAAAAUAAUCUAACUCCUAGUUAAAGCUCAGAAAGUGAUUAUGAAGAUAAUAGUAUAUCAAAUUCUUAAAGCAGUUCUCGUGAAACAACAACAAUUGAAGUCAACAGCUAAAAAGAAAACUCUUAAAAAUAAAAUAAAAGUAAAAAAAGACCAAGAAGCACAAGGAGCUUUGCAUAUGAAAUGAAUGAAAACAUUAUCUAAGAAUCUAGCGAUGAAUCAGGAGAGGACGAAAAUUAAAACGGUAACAAAAAGAUAAAUUAUAACAAUCAAGUUAUAAAAUGGGCCUCAAAAUUUAAUCAAUAAUCAGAAAUGUCAGCAUUUUCUGUAAAGGAAUAAAAUGAAGAUUUUCAAUUUGAUGACUAAAGUAGAAAAUAUCUUAAAGAUUUAGAAGAUGAAUUUUUUCAAAAAAACCAAGAUUACUAAAACAGAAGUAGCUACUUCUAAAAAAGUAGACAAAGUAUGAAAAGUAUAAAUUAAAUGAAUUAAAGUAGUCCAAAUGUUUUUCCGAAAAGAAAAUCAUAUCAUAAAGAUUAUUCCGAAAAAUCUAUAAAUUAGCUGCAUAAUUAAGAAAAUGAUAGUCAGUAUAUGUUUAAAAACUUAUCAAGUAGCCCAAUUUAUGGACACAUAGAUAAUAAAUCUUAUCAUAAUUAAUAGUCAGGACUUUCUAAUGUUGUGCACUACUAAAACUAAAGUAUAGUUGGAUUUGGUGAUUUUAAUAUGAGUGAUCAAAAUAUUGAAGAUUUAGAUUAAACAAGAGAAAAAAAGUCAAAUUCUGUUUCUACUUCAAAAUUUAAUAAAGAUAACAUUUCUGGAAAAUAAGCUGUUGGUGGUUAUCGCAAGUCUGUUUCAUUUGAUCCUGAUAACUUUUAAGAAAUGUAAAAAGAAUAUAUUAAAAAAUAAAUUACUGGAAGUGUGAAGAGACUACAUAGUCAGAGAUCAUAGGAGUAAAGUCAAAGACCUUACAAACCACCAUCUUCUUCUUUUCAAAAAAUACCCUCUGUCCUAAAGAAUUAAUCCUCUCUUGCUAUAUAUCAUUCUAGUUUUAAUAAUACUCAGUCUAAUAUUCUAAGUAAUUAGAGUUCUUAACUCAGAAAAUAAUCAACCAAAAAUUUCAAAAGAUAAUCGACAAAUAUUAAUUAAUCCUAUUCAAAUAUGCCUAGUUCUAGUCCUGGCUAAUAAUAAUAAACAUAAAAAGGGAUACUAAAAAAACAUCAAAAUGAGAGACGUUAGCUAAAACCAAACGAUAUGAGAUUAAUUCUUCAAAAUGAAGAAAAACUAAUUGAAUUAUACUAAAAUCAAUAACAGUAAGAGUAGGAUGAAGAACAACUAAUCUCCGUCAAAUAUAAACAUUCAAAACUCAACUAAGAUUUUGAGGAUGAUAAAUUUGAUUGUAUGAAAAACUAUGUUUACUACUAUCCUUAAUUUAAUGCACCGAUAGUUAUAUCAAACUAUAAUCAGCACCUUAAUAAAGCAUAAAAUGGACUAAAAAGAAGGGUAACAAUAUAAGGAAAAAAUUUAAAAUCCAGAAUAAAAAGAGUAAUAAAUACCAAAAAAGGAUAAAACACUCCUUUUUCUGGUAAUUUAGUUAGUCCUACACCUCUUCUCCUAAGUAAUGCAGCCAUAGAUAAAGGCACAUUUCAGUAAUUAGGAGAUAAAAGUACUAAAACAAUUUAAUAUUAUAAUAACACUCACAUAUAGACAAACUUGAUUUAAUCAACAGAAAAAAUAAUUUCAGCAGCAGACACAAAUAUCAACAGCUCAAAAUUUGGAUUAUCAACAGUUUUACAAUAUAUGAAAGAUAAGAAAUAGGAAAGUAAGAAAUAAUGA